AUGACAAUCACACUAUGGUCGUCUUCCCCGCCGCGAAUAUCUAUUCUUGUUCUUGUCCUCUCUGUUGCCUCUCCAUCUGUUCAUAGAAAGUGGGCACCGACCACCGAUUUCUCCGCCAUGAUACUGAACAUGGCGAAAUGUUUGUCUUUCGUGAUAAUCGGGAGCCAAGUGGAUAAACCAGACAUGGAGUGCUGCUCUGGUCUGAAGACGGUGCUCGACUCAAACGUCGAAUGUCUAUGCGAAGGGCUAAAGAACAGUGGCUCCUUUGGAGUCAAACUGAACGUCACUAAAGCCUCUACUCUUCCCGUCGCUUGCAAUCUCACCGCUCCUCCGGUGACCGCUUGUGGAUUGUCUACUAAUCCUCCUGCCAGUGCGCCAGGAACACAAUCAGGUUCAGGACCAGUUUCUGCUCUCCAAGCCCAUCUCAAGGGAACCAUGGGUCUUCGGUGAUCCCAAUAUAUAGC